AGUGAACCAGCUGCUUAAGUUAAAGGGUCACUGUUCAGCUGCUUAAGUUACGGCAGCCUUUCUCCUAAAAGAAGCAGUGUCAACUGGUAAUGUCAGGCUCCUGCAUCAUAUGCUGUAAUAAAAAAAACUCAUCCAAGAAUGGAGUACAUGAAACGGACACAGCAGCUGAAAAUGUGCAAGAAAAAAUGAAGAUGAAACAACAAAUUACUUUGCUUAAUGGCGUUUCUUUAAUAGUAGGGAACAUGAUUGGUUCUGGGAUAUUUGUGUCACCCAAAGGUGUUUUGAUGUAUAGUGCCUCCUAUGGGCUCUCACUAUUCAUUUGGGCCCUUGGUGGGAUCUUUUCGUUGUUUGGAGCUUUGUGUUAUGCUGAACUUGGAACAUCCAUUGUUAAAUCAGGAGCUAGCUAUGCCUAUAUACUGGAAGCUUUUGGUGGAUUCACAGCCUUUAUCAGACUGUGGUCUUCCUUGCUAAUUAUUGAACCAACAACUCAGGCUGUAAUAGCAAUUACAUUUGCUAAUUAUAUUGUUCAACCAAUUUUUCCAUCCUGUGAGCCGCCAUAUGAAGCAGUCAGGUUAAUUGCAGCUGGUUGCAUCUGCACCUUAACAUUUAUUAACUGUGUCAAUGUGAAGUGGGGAACCAGAGUACAAGAUCUGUUCACAUAUGCAAAAGUUAUGGCCCUUAUCAUGAUCAUCUCGGUGGGUCUUUACAAAAUUAGUAAAGGAGAAACAGAAAAUCUUAAAACUCCAUUUGAAGGUUCAACAACUGAUAUAGGAUGUAUAGCACUUGCUCUGUAUUCAGCCCUCUUUUCCUACUCUGGAUGGGAUACCCUGAAUUAUGUCACUGAGGAGAUGAGGAAUCCUGAAAGGAAUCUACCCCUCUCAAUUGCAAUUUCAAUGCCUAUUGUGACCAUUAUUUACUUGCUGACUAACAUAGCAUACUAUGUAGUGUUGGACAUGCCAGCUCUCCUAACAAGCGACGCAGUGGCAGUGACAUUUGGUAAUGAAACCCUUAGUUAUGCUAAGUGGAUAAUUCCUAUUGCAGUGGCCAUGUCCUGUUAUGGUGGCUUAAACUCAUCAACUAUUGCAGCUUCCAGGCUUUUUUAUGUUGGAGCCAGAGAAGGACACCUUCCUGACAGUUUGAGUUUGAUUCAUAUAAAGUGUUUCACACCAAUCCCUGCUCUUUUCUUUAAUGGUUUCAUGACUUUGCUCUACCUCCUUGUGGAAGAUGUCUUUCUCCUCAUUAAUUACUACAGCUUCAACUACUGGCUGUAUGUUGGGCUGUCUAUUGCAGGAUUAAUAUACCUGAGACAUACUCAGCCUGAUAGGCCACGGCCUAUUAAACUCAGCCUCUUCUUUCCUGUAGUAUACUGUUUAUGUUCCAUCUUCCUCGUCAUGGUUCCUCUCUAUAGCAAUACAAUCCAUGCUCUCAUUGGAAUUGGCAUAGCCCUCUCUGGAAUUCCUGCAUAUUAUUUGGGAGUCUAUUUACCAUCUGAAAAGAAACCUAAAUGUCUUCAGUGGCUCUCUGCCACAACAACAAAAUAUGUUCAGAUGUUGUUCUACUGUUGUCUGACAGACUUGGACACUCAAGUGGAUCAGACAGAAGCUAAAGCCAGAUAGGGUUGUCUGGACAUUUUCAUACUUGAAGCAUUUUUAGAGUCUGAAAUUCUUUGUGUAGGGUUGGUUACACAAAAGCAUCAACAAUUACACUGUGCAUCAGUUUGAUGUUAAUUAUUUCUGUGCUUAUUUUAUUAGCCCCUUCACUGCCAAGGGUAUUUACCAAUCCCUGUUCAACAGGAUUUUUUUCUAACUUUGUUCAUUAAUGCUGAUGAUUAGCUGAUGAUUGUGAAGUGCUUUGAAAAUAUAAAGCACUGUAUGAAUAAGCACUUCAUGUUACAUAAGUGUUAGUUUUUGUAAGCCUUUUGGAAUAAAUCUAUCCAGUGCAAAGCAGAAGCUUGAGAAAUAAAAAGACAAAUGAAAGAAUAUAAUGCAAAUCAGACACUUACUAGAUUUACAUUUCUAAAGCUGAGGUGGGAGAAUAAUAGAAUCAUAGAAUAUCAGGGUUGGAAGGGACCUCAGGAGGUCAUCUAGUCCAACCCCCUGCUCAAAGCAGGCACAAUCCCCAAUAUUGUUUUUGUUUUUUUGCCCCAGAUCCCUAAAUGGCCCCCUCAAGGAUUGAACUCACAACCCUGGGUUUAGCAGGCCAAUGCUCAGAAAGUCACAAUAUAAAUUUAAGAAUUGUAUUGCAGUUAGAAAAUUUGUUUCUCAGCAAAAAAGUUUAAAUAGGCAGGCAAGCAUUUUCAAAGUAUAAAUGCAUCUCUAGAACAAAAAAAAAAUCUAAUCCAUGUUCCCCUAAGUAGAUCCCAGCAGACACAUUUAAUUUGGUUACAAGAAGAACACAAGGGAAGUGGACUAUCUGAAAAAUAAAAGCUCUGUGCUAUACCUUGUGUGAGGACAUGCAACAAUUAUCAUCUUUUUGCAGUAGAAGCAUUUCAGGUGACAAAUUAGUUCACAUAGUUGUUGUCACAGGUAUGCUAGAUCUCUUGCAGAUCAACUUGUUGUGGAAUAGGAUAAAAAGACUGCAAGUUCCACGUCAGUAUAUGCACAUUCAGGGGUAAGCGCAUCACCUUUCUAUAGUGUGCCUGUGUUUGGCUAUAAACAUCAAAAAUUGUGGCCUCAUAAACCAUAGUAGGUAUGCUGAUUGACUUUCAUUUAGGAAGGAACUAAGCAUUUAUCUCCUGAAAACAUAGAAGAGAAAAUAAACAUCCUGAAAGAAAUAUCUGGGAAUUAGGCCCCAGAGGUGAUUCCUCUAGCCUUUCUUGAUAUACCCUAUACUUUGUCAUCCUGUAGGAUGUAUUACACUUACUUUCCAUAAUGCUAUUGGAAUAUAUAUAAUAUUCUGUCUGUAGCUUCAUUAUCAGUAUUCAUUUCAGUAGCUCCAAUUAAUCUAAGACAUCUGAUCCUAAACUGAUCUCUGUAGCUUUUAGCUUGGGUGGUACAACAUUAUCCUUCAUUAUCGCCUGCUUGGAGAGAGCUGUGUGGGGGAGGGGGAAUAGGAUUGUAAUGGGGCGGGGUUACUCACAGCAGGUGCCACCUCUUUGAGAGCUGAUCCCCCAGAGCAGUCACAUCCCACCUGGCAUCCUCUUCUGUCAUCAUUUGCAUACCCUGCCAUCUCUCUCUCCCUGCAAUUCAGGAUGCUCUCUCUUCCUGUCUUGGCCCUCCAGCCAUGUCACUAUAGUCCUUUCCCCCUUCCAGGGAUGAAGGGCCCACUGGAUGACAGUUCUAAGCAGCCAUCUGCUCCAGUGCCUGGGUUGGGGCACUUCCCCAGUGGCUAGGG